AUGUCGACAACUAUGCGAGGAUUGGUCCAAUUUAUAGCCGAUUUGCGGAACGCUCGAGCUCGUGAAUUGGAGGAGAAGCGGAUCAAUAAGGAAUUAGCGAAUAUCCGGCAAAAGUUCAAGGAUGGAAACUUGAAUGGGUAUCAGAAGAAGAAAUAUGUUUGCAAGCUCUUGUAUGUCUAUAUACAGGGCUACGACGUCGACUUUGGGCAUUUAGAAGCAGUUAACUUGAUAUCGGCCACCAAGUACUCUGAGAAGCAGAUCGGAUAUCUGGCUGUCACCCUUUUCCUCCACGAACAGCACGAAUUGUUACAUUUGGUCGUGAAUAGUAUCCGAAAGGACCUGCUUGAUCAUAAUGAGUUGAACAAUUGCCUGGCGCUACAUGCGGUUGCCAAUGUGGGUGGCAGGGAAAUGGGCGAGGCGUUAAGCGCUGACGUCCACCGAUUAUUGAUCUCUCCGACAUCUAAAGCGUUCGUGAAGAAAAAAGCCGCUCUUACUCUGUUGCGGCUGUACCGCAAAUACCCUGGCAUUGUGCAGCAGGAAUGGGCAGAACGUAUCAUUUCUCUUAUGGAUGACCCUGAUAUAGGCGUUACGCUUUCUGUCAGUUCACUUGUUUCGGCGCUCGCUCAAGAUAAUCCUGAGCAGUACAAGGGAAGCUAUGUGAAAGCAGCCCAAAGACUAAAAAGAAUCGUGGUGGAUAAAGAUAUCCCGGCCGACUAUAUCUACUAUAAAGUACCUUGCCCAUGGAUACAGGUGAAAUUCUUGCGGCUCCUCCAAUAUUACCCUCCAUCUGAGGAUACCCAUGUCCGCGAACUCAUCAGGCAGUCGCUUCAAGAAAUUAUGAAUUCCGCCGUGGAUAUGCCAAAAAACGUGCAACAGAAUAACGCUCAGAAUGCUGUCCUUUUUGAAGCAAUUAACCUACUUAUUCAUCUUGAAAGUGAACAAGCACUAAUGAUUCAGAUCUCCGCGAGACUUGGCAAAUUCAUCCAAUCUCGAGAAACAAAUGUACGCUACCUAGGAUUGGAAGCUAUGGCACAUUUUGCUGCUAGAGCGGAAACCCUGGAUCCCAUUAAAAAGCAUCAGAGUAUCAUCAUCGGCUCUCUUCGGGACCGCGAUAUCAGCGUAAGGCGAAAAGGACUAGACUUGCUGUACAGUAUGUGCGAUACGAGCAAUGCCCGUCCAAUCGUAAACGAACUGCUCAAAUAUCUCCAGACAGCCGAUUAUGCAAUUCGAGAGGAAAUGGUGCUCAAAAUUGCCAUAUUGACCGAAAAAUACGCGACAGACGCGCAGUGGUAUGUUGACAUCUCACUCAAGCUGCUGCAUGUCGCUGGUGAGCACGUUAGCGACGAAGUUUGGCAACGGGUUAUACAAGUCGUCACGAACAACGAAGAGCUUCAGGCAUAUGCCGCACAGAAUAUACUGGGAUACAUCAAAGGCGAUUGCCAUGACAGCCUGGUAAAAAUUGGUGCCUAUAUCCUCGGUGAAUUUGGCCACUUGAUCGCCGAUAACAAGGGCAGUUCUCCCAUUGAACAGCUUUUGGCCCUAUAUGCGAAAAUGAGUUACUGCUCAGAUCACUCUCGGGCCUUUAUAUUAUCAUGCUUUAUCAAGUUCGUCAAUCUCUUCCCAGAGAUUAAACCUCAAUUAUUACAGGUGUUCGGCGCCUACUCGCACUCUCCCGACUCUGAACUCCAGCAGCGCGCCUACGAAUAUCUUCAGCUUGCGUCAUUGCCAACAGAUGACCUUUUACGUACGGUUUGCGACGAGAUGCCGCCGUUUUCAGAAAGAAUCUCCGUGCUACUUUCUCGCUUGCAUCAAAAGAGUGGUGGCACUACGGACAAGCGAACUUGGGUGGUUGGUGGGAAGCAUGCCAAUACGGAUGAAAAGGAAUUCAUGCUUACUCAAAAACCAAACUUGAGGCGCACCUUCACCACUAUAGCCAAUGGCACGUCUGGGUCAAAUGGGGCUCCUAAAGCUGCGGCUUCAAACGACUUGGCAGGUUUAGAUUUAAUGACGACUUCAGACGCUCCUAUGCCGAAUUUUGCAAGCGCUGCACAUCUAUCACCAGAUUGGUAUGCGGGCUUCAACCGGCUAUAUUUUGCUGAAGAGGGUGUCUUGUUUGAAGAUGCCCAAAUUCAAGUUGGCAUACGCUCAGAAUACCGUGGCCAUCUAGGUGUAUGCAAGCUAUACUUCACAAACAAAGCGUCGUUUUCAAUCGGCUCGUUCACCACUACGCUUGAUAACCCCUCUCCCGGAGGCCUAAAAGUUGAUACUAAGAGUUUGCCUGAUCCUGACGUUCUUCCCGCGAGUCAGACUCAGCAAACGGUGUGUUUUGAAUCAAUAGGCGCCUUUAUUCAAGCGCCAACAAUUCGAAUAUCGUACCUGGCGGGGGCACUCCAAGCGUACACACUUAAACUUCCUGUGCUUAUGCAUAGAUAUAUGGAAGCUUCUGGUCUAGCUUCGGAGGAAUUUUUCAAACGUUGGAGACAAAUCGGAGGAGCGCCACUCGAGGCACAAUCAACCUUUGGACUAGUGAAUAAGACUCAAAGGAUGAAUGAAGCGUCAACUCGUAAGGUCAUCGAAGGAUUCAAGUGGAAAUUGUUGCCGGGAGUGGAUCCGAACCCGAAAAACAUUGUCGGAUGCGCGGUGUACCAGGUUGAGAGCCGGAAGACUGGCUGUUUGAUGAGAUUAGAGCCGAAUUAUGAGAAGCAGAUGUAUCGAAUAACUAUUCGGGCGACACAGGAAGACGUUCCUUCAGCUUUGGUUAAAUUGAUGGAAGAAAGAUUAAGCCAGGGGGGAGCUAAUGACAGCGAGUAG